AUGGGGUGGCAAAACCUGAGCUAUUCCUUGCGGCUUUGGGACACGAGCUCGAAGGCUGUGAGCGAGGUGGAGGCGGCGGCGGAGGAGGUGCUGGCGGGUGGCGAUGAUGCCGAGGCGCUGGAGAUCUUCUCCGAAGCGUUGGAUCCGCCUCCGAGCGGCAGUGGAGCGACAGUCGACGCCGGCCGUCUUUGCAGCGCGGCACGGAUUUCCUUAAUUUCAGAGCCCGACCUAGCACCGCGACCGCCCUGGCACCGCGACCGGGCGGCUUCGAGCGCCAUGCCGGAGCCGCUGAUGGAACGCGUGAUGGCGGUCUACAGGGAGACCGACCGGAACGACGAUGGCUGGCUGGAUCGCGAGGAGCUGGCGGCGAUGCUGGACGCCGUGGGCAUGCCGAAGGAGCGCGCGGCGGCGCUUUUCGACGCGGCGGACCGCGACAAGAACGGCUUCGUGGACUUCGAGGAGUUUUGCGGCUGGCUCUUCUCGGACAUGAAGAAGGUCAUGGACGUGUGUGUGAAGCAGGGAGGCAUUGUGAACAAGCACUUGAACGUGGAGAUGACCGUGGGCGAUGUCUUGUGCUACGGCCUCGAUGAGAAGUUGGUUUGCAGCAACUUUAGAUACGAGAUGAGCGUGCAGCCCGACGACGAGACCCUGAAGCACUUGGAAUCUCGGGGGAAGAUCUAUGGUGAAGAAGAGAAGAAGCGCCAGGUGGACGCUUUAGAGAAGGCGCUGGUGGAUGCCAAGUCCAAGUUAGAGGCUGCAAAGGCCAAGGCGGCGAAGAAGAACCCCAAAGACGCCAAGAAGGAGAUCGACAAAGCCAAGGACGAGAAAGUGGAACCCACGGCGGAGGAGCUGGCUGUGAUAGAUGCAGAACGCAAGGUCGAAACCGCCGAGAAGGCCAAAGCACGUGUGGAAGAAGCGCCAGCAGAGCCUCAGAAGGUGGUGCUCUUGGAGAAGGUCUUUGAGGAUUUGGUCUCCGUGGAGGAUGUCUCUUCAGGCUCCUCUGGGGCACAUGUUCUCAAAUGGAAAGCCAAAGAAGAAGGAACAGCCUUGGUGAAACUCUUGCAGCACUAUACGGUGGUCGAAGGGGAAGAGGAGACGGAAGUCGAGAAGGUGGAGACCUUCGACUUCACCGUGAAGGUCGUUCCACCUGCCGGGUCCUCGAAAGCUGACUGGUAUGCUUGGAGUUGGUAUGAUGUGAAGUGGGUGAAAGCACCCGCCAACAAGGCCGACAAGUUCGCCAAGAAGAUGGGCAAAGCGGCCAUGGAGCUCCAGUGGGUGCCACCCGUCUUCGGGCCAAAGAAGGAAAAAUUGCAUACGCAGUUGACCUAUUGCUUCAGCCCCAAAUGUUUGGAGCUGGAUUGAGGAGCUCGGUCAAAACCUUUUUUUUUGCGACCGAAAGAACGCUAGCUAAUGAUGUCACUUUAGAGUGACCGGUCGUGAAAUUCGACAUCUCUCAUGGUUUCACCAGGUCUUUCACAGCUUGUCCCAACACGUUUCGCCUGCGAAGCAGGAUUGUCGAGGCGAGCUAGUUGAGCAAAGGUCUUGACGCAAAAGGGAUGGCAUUCAGAACGCAUCUCAACAUCCACAAGGAAGGGAGCGGUUUUUU